AUGGCUUCUCUCUGGGCCCACACGAAUCAGCCCCCUUCAGUCAAGAUUGCCCUGGGCUGUGACACCAGACUUAUCCACAGUUUUGAAGUUUUGAGGGGUCCCACAUGUGGGAGGAGUACACUAGACAACCAGCCUUGGGAUUAUUUUGGCCAUUUCAGUCGAAUUGUUGGAGGAAGCCCAGUUGAAAAAGGAACAUAUCCCUGGCAGGUGUCUCUGAAACGAAGAGAAAAGCAUUUCUGUGGAGGAACUAUCAUCUCUGCCCAAUGGGUGAUCACAGCUGCUCACUGUGUCAUACAUAAGGAUGCAAAAAAAAUUCUGAAUGUUACUGCAGGAGAACAUGAUGUGAAUCUGGUAGAGCAAGGAGAGCAGACUCUUUCUGUGGAUACCAUCAUCAAACACCCUUAUUUCACACUCAGAAAACCAAUGAACUAUGACAUUGCCCUCUUGAAGAUGAAUGGCACAUUCAAGUUUGGCCAGUUUGUUGGGCCCUUAUGCCUUCCCAAACGGGGGGAAAUUUUUGAGCCAGGAUUCUUCUGUACUACCGCAGGCUGGGGUCGUCUGGAAGAGAAUGGCCGUCUCCCACAAGUCUUGCAUCAAGUGGACUUGCCCAUUCUGACCAAGAAGAAGUGUGCAGCUAUGCUGUUAACUUUAAAGAGACCUAUCAAGGGCAAUACACUUCUUUGUGCUGGCUUCCCAGAUGGAGGAAAGGAUGCAUGCCAGGGUGAUUCAGGGGGCUCCCUGAUGUGCAGGAAUAGAUAUGGGGCCUGGACUCUAGCUGGUGUGACUUCAUGGGGGAUGGGAUGUGCUCGCAGCUGGAGGCACAACCGUAAGAAAAUUGCCAGUUACAGAGGAACUCCAGGGGUCUUUACAGACCUCAGUAAGGUGCUUCCCUGGAUUCACAACACUAUUGAAAUGGGUAAUAAAGUCCAUUCCCCACGCUCUCUAUGCAGUGAACAAGAUGGCCAGCUCCCAGGGUCUGAGGGGCAGCUCCACUUCCCAAGACGUCCCCACCAGUUCUAUGGAAGUGAUGAGUUGUGUGUCUGGACUGUCCAUGUCAUGGGGCAGAUGCACAUCUGGCUCAAUUUUUCGCACUUGGAUGUGGAAUUUGAGGAGUUCUGUCGCCUGGAUUCUUUGUCUGUAUAUUCAUUAGAAGACAGGCUCAUCGGAAAGUUCUGUGGCGUGAUUGUCCCUUCACCAAUCUUCAUUAGCUCCAAUUCAGUAAGGCUGAAGUUUGUCUCGGAUGCUACAGAGUAUGGCACUGGAUUUGCACUUACCUACAAAGGUCUUAAACCAAACCCUUCUCCUGAUUCUGGUUGUGUUGCCUUAACUGUCCUUUUUGAAGAAGGGAUAAUACAAAGUUUGCACUAUCCUGAUGUCUAUAGCAAUUUGAUCAAUUGUCGCUGGAUUAUUCAUGCUUUUGAAGACCAUAUCAUUAAGCUUGAAUUUCAGAACUUUGAGUUAGAAGAAAGUGAUGACUGCCUCUCAGACUCAGUGACAGUAUAUGAUGAUGUGGAAGGGAAGGAGGAAACAGCUCGGUACUGUGGCUUUGAUGUACCCCAACCUGUGCUGAGCUCCUCCAGCGUGAUGCUAAUCAGCUUCCAGGCAGAUGAAAGUCGGGUCUUCAGGGGAUUCCAGGCCACCAUCUCUUUCAUCUCUGAAGCAGUCUGCCCAGAUUUAAAUCUCUCAGGCACAGAGGAUGAAUCUGAGCUUCCUUCAGCUGGCCAUCACACAGCUACAGAUUCAAGGGCACCAGGUGGCCACUGUGGAGUAGCUUCCAAGCCUCCUAGGUUUCUUUUCAACAGGAUUGUGGGAGGACAGCAAGCAGCAGCCAGGUCUUGGCCCUGGCAAGUUAGCCUGCAGAUUGCUGCAGAACAUCUUUGUGGGGGAACCAUCAUUGGGAAGAGUUGGGUUGUCACAGCUGCCCACUGUUUUAUUGAUAAGAAGCAGCAUGUGCCUCUGUGGAUGGUAAUUGCUGGAGCCCAUGAUUUGACUGAGCGAAAUAAUCUACAGAAAAGAUCAAUAAAGCACAUUUUGAUUCACCCAGCCUUUGACAGCACCACAAUGGAUUAUGAUAUUGCUCUAUUGCAAAUGGAUGAACCAUUUCAAUUCAAUCUCUAUGUUCGUCCAGUGUGUCUUCCUGAGAAAGGUCAAGAGAUACCAUCUUCCAGCAUGUGUGUGGUCACAGGAUGGGGGUUUGAUAAUCCAGAUGGAGAAAAAUCUAACAAACUGCAGCAACUUGAAAUUCCCAUCCUCGAAUCUGAUAUUUGUCAGGAGUAUUAUCAAAAUCUCUUUGUGGGGAUAUCCCAGAGAAUGUUCUGUGCUGGGUUUCCUUCUAAAGGAGACCAAGAUUCUUGCUCGGGUGAUUCAGGUGGUCCUUUAGUUUGCUCCCUUGAAGAAUCAAGUCUUUAUGUCCUUUUUGGCAUAACCAGUUGGGGCUUUGGCUGUGGAAGGAUUAAUUACCCAGGUGUCUACACCAGUGUCACUGUCUUCACUGAUUGGAUUAAAGAGCAUCUUAGUGAUACUGUUGGAGCAACCAGACCACAUUCACGGAGAAGAGAUAUGAGACUCCAGAUUGGAGUGAAUUAACUAACUGACAAAAAUCCUUCUGGAAGAGAUUCUUCCUACUAUAUCGUAUGAAGAGAUGCCAGGACAGAUCUGUGAAAAACACAAGAACUUGGGAUGGUUCACUGAGAAUUGGGAACAUUUCCUCCUUAUUUCUCUUCCCUCAGAGCAUUUCCAAGUGUGCAUAUUUAUGAGAGGCUGAUUGUGUUUGUCUCUGGGAUCAGAGGCUGAGUAUCCUUGCAACACUACUUCAUAUAUGCAAGUACAUAAUUUCAA